AUGAGUCAUCGCAAGGCAGCACGAACUCCAAUCGAAAGCGAUUGUAAACUAACAAAACCCGAGAAUGCUGACGAGCAAGCUAUGGCGAAGUAUCCGUUCCAAAAUUUGAUAUGGGCGCUGAUGUACCUUUCGGUAACUACACGACCUGACAUAGCAUUCGCAGUUAACUUCAUGAGUCAAUUUAACUCAAAUUACGAUGAGGAACACUGGAAAGCAGGGAAACGCAUACUGCGAUACCUUAGCGGAUUCAAAGGCUACGGAUUAUUGUUCACGAAGAGCAGCAGAGAGAUUUACGGUGUAGUUGACGCAGACUGGGGACCAAACCUCACUGACAGAAGAUCUUAUAGCGGUUAUGCGUUCAUAUUAGCCGGUGCAGCAAUCAGCUGGGAAGCGCGUAAGCAGCGUAUAGUUGCGCUCUCUAGCACAGAGACCCAAUACAUGGCCUUAUCCAAAGACUUGGGUAUGGCGAACAAAAGAGUUUUACUCUUCAACGAUAGCCAGAGCGCAAACAAAUUAAUACAGUGCAUGGGUUAUCGUUCGCGCACAAAACAUAUUGAUGUGCGCCAUCAUUUUGUAAAAGAGUGUCACCGAAGCGGUAAGAUUGAGCUGAACUACAUGCCAAGUGAAGAUAUGCCGGCAGAUGUCUUGACUAAAGGUUUGAGCGUCCAAAAGCAUAAUAAAUGCAUCGCAGCAUUUAGCGUUUUACUUAUGUAA